AUGUCGUACAGUGCGGGUUUUGGGGAUCCUAAUCAACUAGCCCAACGCAUAACUUCUAACAUCCAGAAGAUCACACAAUGCUCUGCUGAAAUACAAAGAAUACUACAUCAGCUUGGAACACCGCAGGACACACCUGAGCUGAGGCAACAGCUGCAGCAGAAACAGCAAUAUACCAACCAGCUUGCCAAAGAAACCGACAAAUACAUUAAAGAGUUUGGAUCUUUGCCUGCAACAAGUGAACAGCGUCAAAGAAAAAUACAGAAAGACCGUCUUGUGGGGGAGUUCACCACAGCACUAGCAAAUUUCCAAAGACUCCAAAGACAGGCUGCUGAGAAAGAAAAAGACUUUGUAGCCAGAGUAAGAGCCAGCUCAAGGGUAUCUGGUGGUGCUCCUGAAGAUAGCUACAAGGAAGGAACACUUGUCUCUUGGGACAGUCAACCACAAGCACAAGUGCAAGAUGAAGAAAUUACAGAAGAUGACCUCCGCCUUAUUGAGGAGAGGGAAUCUUCCAUUAGGCAGCUUGAGGCAGAUAUUAUGGACAUCAAUGAAAUUUUUAAAGAUCUAGGAAUGAUGAUUCAUGAACAAGGUGAUGUGAUAGACAGCAUAGAAGCCAAUGUGGAAAAUGCAGAUGUACAUGUGCAGCAAGCAAACCAGCAGCUGUCAAGAGCAGCAAACUACCAGCAAAGAUCCCGAAAGAAGAUGUGCAUCCUCAUUAUUAUACUUGCUGUUGGAGUAUUGCUUAUUGGAAUCAUCAUAUGGUUAACUACAAGACAACCCUCUGGAAAAAGCAUUGUAACUGGUAGUUAAAUUACGAAAGGAAAUUCCUAGUCAUGGUUUGCUCGUUGUGAAGCUGAGUAAAAUAACGGUUCUGUACUUCAUCACACUUACUUUUUUAUAAGACUUUUUGUUUUAACCUGAGAAAUAACAUUCUCAGUACUUCUGUCAGUGUAACUGCCCGCCCUGUUGGAUGUGGGUGCUGUCUUACCAGAAAAAAACAGUCACGGUUGUAGACUGUUCCGUUAACUUAAACAUAAAAACCUCUUAAGGUUUAGGGGGCUAAUCAAAAUCUGGAUAAUUUAUUUUGAUGAGGCAGGUAGUAAUCUUUUGGGAUAUUGCUAAAUGUUGCUGCCAAAACAAACUCCUGAAUUGUUGCUUAAGGCAACGAAUUCACAUCCCAGAAUUUGUUUUUAAGUUAGAAAUGUCUUUCUAUCUCU